AUGGGUGUAGAGUUAUUCAAAGAGUGCUUGAGCAUUGCACAAAUGAACAGAAAAGACUUGCUCUGGAAGCUUUUCAUGGAAAUGGAAGCUGAUUUGUUCUGGGUCAAUACGGAAACUGUUAUGCAACACGUUAUUGAACAUGGAAGUGAUCCAGGCAGAGAUCGUAUCAUACAAGAGAUAAGUGGCUUAGUAGAAGUUCUUUGGACUGGAGGAAAAAUGACUGUCGUGAUCGACAUCAAGAAAAGAAAACGAACAGCAUUAUUAGUUUGGAAUUGCGAUCACAUCGUCGUCGUUGACGUCAACAAUCGCAGCCGCAAUCUCACGUGCAAUCCGACAAUCGAACUCAGCAAGUUGAAUAUUGACGAUGAAGUUAUGAUCACAUUCUGUAACGCUCGCUUUCGUCAACCCUCUUUUUCCACGAUUACAUUCUUCACUAGGAUUCCUCUAGAGUGA